CGGAUGACGUCAAAGUACCGCGAGUUCGAUUCGACAUAUCAUAUGGAGAAGGGUAAUUUCGACUCGCUCUCGCGGUGCUUUGACGUCAUCCGGUUGUCAGUUCUAGCGGCGCCGCAUGAAGUCGAAGAAGCCUGUUGACAAAACUACAAACACAUGUGUAUCACGUGACCGGCGCUUUUCGGUUUGUGGGUCGCGCGUGCGUUGGUUCGUCCAAUCAGAGCGCUCGACACUGACUUGAGCAACUCUCCUCCACCGAGCAGAAUAACAUGCGCGCGGCAGAUGCUGAUGUUCAGAGCGAGUGAUCCUUAGUAAAUAACAAACAUGAUCCGGAUCGCCGCUCUCAAUGCCGCGUCUCAGGCUGCGGAUGAGCAUGAAGAAGCCUUCAGAAGCACUAAACCAAGUCAAACUAAGGAAGCUCAGGAGGCAGAAGCUUUUGCCCUUUAUCAUAAAGCUCUUGACCUGCAGAAACAUGACAAGUUUGAUGAAUCUGCCAAAGCCUACCAUGAGCUUCUGAAGACCCCUCUGCUCAAAGAGGCAGUGCCAUCUGAAGAUGAGAAAGUUGGACUCAAGCAUCCUGGACUGAUGUUAAAAUAUUCCACCUAUAAAAACUUGGCCAGCCUCGCUGUACUCAAAGAUGAUAUUGACACUGCCAUGGACCUUUAUGUGCAGGCUGUCGUGCUGGACUCUACAGAUGUGAAUAUGUGGUAUAAAAUGGGCAGGUUGGCUUUGAAAAAGGCAAGUAUGCCUUUGGCUCGCCAUGCUUUCGAGGUGGGCUUACGCUGUAACCCUGACCACUGGCCCUGUCUGGACAGCCUGAUCACAGUCCUCUAUGCACUCAGUGACUACAGCUGUUGUCUGUACUACAUCUGCAAGGCUUUGGAGAAAGACACGGGUUACAGUAAGGGUCGUGUGCUAAAGGAGAAAAUCUUUGAGGAACAGCCCUGUCUCAGACGAGACUCUAUGAAGAUGUUCUCCAAACUUGAUGUGUCAGUGCAGUAUGGUGAUGUGGAUGAAGACGAGGCUCACAGUAUUGUAGAGGAGGCGCUGGAGAUGAGGAGACAGAGACAGGCUAAACUAACACGCCACCCAGUAGCUGAUCUGCAACUGGUUCAGCCAAUCAAAUUCUUCACGUGGAAGAGUGUGGGUGAAAGUUUCCUAGCCAUGUACAAACACCAAAACGCUUGUCUGGUCCCACGGCCUGACUUCGGACGCAGAAUCGACCUGACGAUGUACCGUGACCCGGACUGCCUCCUCCAGGUGCCCGUCGCCACGCCAACAGCCACAUUCGUCGUUUCUUCAGACCCUCCUCUGCCCCCGGUUCCAGUUGCACUGCCUCAAGCCCCCUCUGCCCCUCCUCCUGGUCCCAGCAGCCCAGCCGCCAGUUUGCCCCCUUCCAUGGAGUUCCCCAUUCAGCCGCAGGACCAGCUCAGCACUUCUGGAGGGGUACCACAUAGCCAGAAUGUAAUCGAGGUGACCACCACAACUACAGUCACUGUCUCUGCUACCAAUGGAUGUGAGGAUGCUGUGGUUACCACGGUUACCUCCGCAGCUCUGGAUGCUGCCUUGAGUGACAAAGUGAAAAAAGGCACAAAGAGAAAACGCAUGGUGGAGGACAAUGUAGAGACGGCAAAGAGACGUUCGGCACGUGUCCGUAACACCAAAUGCAAGAAAGAAGAGAAGAUUGACUUCCAAGAAGUUCUCCUGAAAUUCCUCCCAUCCAGCUAAAAAUGUAUCGCGAUGUCUGUUAAAAGUUGAUCCGGCUCACCGUGUUACAGCCAGUGAGCUGCUAGAUAACCCUUGAAUUUCGGACUCACGAAACGACGAAGAAACUGUAGAGAUGAGUGAUAGACUGCAGGGCCUUUCUGUCAUAUCCACUCAGGACGAAGGAUCAGGGCCUAGAACCUCAGAGGAGCUCUCAGACGCCCAAACACAUUCUGUGGAGGACGUAACAGACAGGAGUGAUCCCUCCGCCCCAAACAAGAAGCCUCUAAAGAAAAAAGUGUCAGCGUCAUCAUCUAACGCUUCAAAGAAGAGCACAACGCUCGCAAAGGCCUACAGCUCUCCGAUUGCAUUCAAAACACCGUCCCACACAGGUAACAAACCCUCUGCUCAGUCGGGCACAAAGAACUACACCAAGGACUCCAACUCGGGAUCCUGCAUCAAACCGUCAUCGCCAGCAAAUGCAGUAGCCAUAGCAUACAACUCAAGCUAGCACGAAAGUACGUCCCCACGCCCCUCCACUGCUUCUAUUCCCCAUUCAACCAACCCAGGCUUUGGCCUCCAGGCUCAAAAACGCAGCUAGACCUCAUCAGAGACCGGUUGAAUGGUCAUAUUGAGUGCCAAUGGUGACGAAUGCUUUUCCAGGGAUCCACUGGGCUGUGUCGGGCCUGUUGGAGUGACUUCUAAGCCAGAAUACAACAAAUCAAAACUAAAAACUAUACAAAUCAGAACUUUAGUUUUUUACUCACAUGAAACUGUGACCGUUUUCUUACAGUAAUUUUAAGCAAAUUAAUUCUGAUAGUUGUACAUGAAAAAAGUCAAUUUCAUCAUACGGAAAAUACAUCAUAAACAUUCCCUACAUUUUUUCUUCUGUGUUAUGCGGAUAAAAGUAAAGUCACACAGGUUUAAAACAAAUUCUUAUUAAAGAUUGGGUGAACAAUGUUGGAAAAAAUGUAUUUCUUAUUACAUAUUUGAAUGUUUUAUGUUACCAUUUAUGAAUGUAUAAUCAAUGGUUUAGAUUUAUGAAUAUAUAUACUAAUUUGCUUAGAAUCAUAUUAAGUCCGACUAGCUACUUAGAAAAACUGCCACGGUAAAAUAGUGCAUACAAUGUUCUUUUGUUAUCAUAUGACCUUUGGUAACUGCAUCAUCAAGCUGCAUCAUCAAGUUACUAUCUUGUUUUGGUAAAAUGUAAUCAAUCCUAUUUAAUCAUAUUAAAUGUGUGAUGUUGUUACAAUUGUGAAAGUCUGUGAGGUUCGACCUUCGGAAUGAAUGGAGUUAAUUAAAACCUAAAUAAAAACAGUCCCGCAGGAAGACUCAAGUUGAGAGACAGUUGAAUGUUUCCUGAUGAGACAUCUCAAUCUGGGUUCUCCCUGCAGAAUAUUACUACCCCAUUCGUGGUCUGAGUGUGUCUUAUUUUUGUUAAGGUUCAUAAGUAUUUUAAACCUGACACUUAUAUCUCAAUUACGAACAUGCACCAUAUCCUAUACUACUAGCGUCUGAAAAAUGGUGCAAUUCAGUUCUCAAAAUCUUGCCAAAAUCUUUUGGAUGAUAGCAUCUUGGAAUUGAGACUUCUCUCAGUCUUUGAAAACCCAUCUCAUUCCUCCCACCGUGGGUACAAAUCCUCAGGAAGCAAGUCAUCCCAUCCAACACCUCUACGGCACAACUCCUGUAGGAUAAGCUUUAUUAUUAUUUUAACAGUUACAACUUUUAAAUGUACAUAUUUUAAUAAUAUAUAUUAAAUGCUAAAAAUAACAAACUAACAUUGAUAAAUGCGGUAUAACUAUUGUUUAUUGUUAGUUCAUGUUGGCUAAUGUAUUUAUGAAUGUUAAAAAAUACUUCGAACCUUAUUGUAAAAUGUCACCAUAGUAAUAAUGUGCCCAUGCUUAUGAAACUUAAAAGGGUUUCGGCCUUCAGCCUUCAUCAAAAAAUUCCCACGUACACACAUGCACUCACACUCCCUUGAUGCAAAUGGCAGGAUUACAAUAGUCUCUGAGUUCUGCUUGACUAUUUUAAUAUUGUACCCAUCUUGGGGAUUAUUUUCUCUUCACUAGAGAGACUAGUGCUUGAGUGGUGCAGUACUCACUGUAUCCCCUGCUGCUCUCAACAAGAUUAGAGACCCUGCACUUUGACUCCCAAUCCUGCCCUCUUCAUGGUGUCCAGG